CUAGCUACUUCCCUCAAAGACAGCGAUGGCGGCUUCAUCCUCCAUUGUUGAGCUCCUCUGUUUCUCAAUCCUCCUCUUUCUCUGUUCCUCAUCUUCAGCCCAAUCCUUCCGCCCGAAAGCUCUAGUCGCCCCUGUCACUAAAGACGCCUCCACCCUCCAAUACCUCACCAGAAUCAACCAGAGGUCACCGCUAGUGCCUGUCACCCUCGUCCUUCAUCUCGGCGGCGAGAUCUUGUGGGUUGACUGCUCCGGGAAAUACGUCUCCUCUUCUUACCGCCCGGUACGGUGCCGGUCCGCCCAGUGCUCCCUCGCUGGGCCCAUCGCCUGCGGAGAUUGCUACUCUGCACCUCGCCCUGGCUGUAACAAUAACACUUGCAGCACCUUUCCUUAUAAUCCCAUCUCUCUCACCCUCACCAACGGCGAGCUCGCGGAGGACGUCGUUUCCGUUGCUUCGACCGACGGGUCAACUCCGGGAAGACCCGCCGCGGUUUCUCGAUUCAUCUUCAGUUGCGCUCCGGCUAUUGUGCUGAAGGGUCUGGCGAAGGGCGCAACAGGAAUUGCGGGUCUGGGCAGGACAAAGGUCGGGAUCCCUUCACAGUUCUCCUCCGGUUUCAGCUUCCGCCGGAAUUUUGCCAUUUGUCUGACGUCAUCGACCGGCGUUGUCUUCUACGGCGACGGGCCGUAUAAUUUACUCCCCAAUAUCGAUGCGUCAAAGCUCCUGACAUACACUCCGCUGAUCAACCCUGUGAGUUCCGCCGGAGCUUCGUCGGAGUACUUCAUCGGCGUGAAAUCGAUCCAAAUUGGGGACAAAGAGGUGAAGCUGAACACGUCGUUGUUGGCAAUUGACAAGAAGGGCAACGUAGGAACGAGGAUCAGCACCGUGGAUCCUUACACGGUGAUGGAAACCUCCAUCUUUAAGGCGGUGACGGCGGCGUUCGUGAAGGAGGCCGCCGAGAGGAACAUUACCAGAACGGCAGCGCCGGUGUCGCCUUUCGAGGUGUGUUUCGGUGCGGAGAACAUUCUCAGCACGCGUGUGGGGCCAUCGGUGCCGUGGAUCACUCUGGUUCUGGGAGGGCAGGGUGCGAAGUGGACGAUCACGGGGACGAAUUCCAUGGUGGACUUGCGGGAUUCCGGGAAGAAUGUGUUGUGCCUGGCGGUGUUGGACGGAGGCCGGAACCUUGGGACUUCAAUCGUCAUUGGCGGUCACCAAAUUGAAGACAAUCUUUUGCAGUUCGACUUGGAAGGUUCGAGAUUGGGUUUUAGUUCAACACUGUUAGGAAGGCAGACCAACUGCGCCAACUUCAAUAUUACAUCUUCAGGUAAAAAAAAAAAAGAGUAAUUGCCUAAGAUAGGAGUAAAACAAUAAAGAAGUUCCAAUAAGAGCUUUUUAAUUGACUACCCGGUUCAUUGAAUUGAUUAUUCCAAAUUUACCCUCCAACAUUUAAUACUCCAAGUUGUCUCUGUCUUCAAUACCUGUCACACACAUAGCUGUCAAGCACUCCUUCCACCUGCUGCUUAUCUCUCUGCAUACCUAUGAAGGUAGUAUUUCCCAUGGAUUUCAAUGUUCCAACUCAAUCAAUUGAUCAACCGUGGAUUAUAUUAAAUGCCUCUCUCCUUUUCAAAUUAGAAGAGCAUGUACCGCAACAAAUCCUUCAUGUGCUGUGAAGAUUUAUUGGAGGGGGCGCACAUCCUAGUCGAGUAGUCGGAAAACAGAGGUGGCACACCAAACCGUGCGGCGGCGGAGAUUGGCGACUGUGUGGCGGCGGAGAUAGGCGACUGUAUGUGUGGCGGCAGAGCUGGACGUCUAGAUUUGUGGGUGGUGGUGGAGUCACAAGAGACAAGAGCGAUUGGAGCAAGGUGAAAUAUAAUCCGAUGGCAACAGUGAAUGAGGCGGUCCUAUGACGCAGGAAACUGGUAACAACGAAGCCCGGCGGCGUCGGAGACUGGCGGCACCGGAGACCGGCGGCGCCGGGGAGCGGCAGCAACGGAGAUCCCUAGUGGCAAUAUUGGCUCAGGCAGCAGAGGAGAUGGCGAUGCCAGUGAUGUUCGACAACGAUGGAGACUAGCGGCGGUGAUUUCCGACGACGGCGGAGACUGGCGGCGAUGACGUCCGGCGGCGGUGGCAGGUUUAGGCAGUGGCAGCUCUAGGCGGUGUUGUUGUCCACUUGUGGCAGGCACAAACAAAUGUUGGAUAUGUUUUUAUGUAUUAUUUUAUGUAUUAUUCUAUUUUUAAAUUUAAUAAACAUGUAGGGUUUUCAUUAAGUGUAGUUUUGUCUACUCAUGUUUUUUUACUCUUAUUCCAUCUUACGGGACAUAGGACUCCUACUUUUGCACAUUAGGUAUGUUUUACUCCUAAUCAGGGAAUUAUCUCUAAAAAAAAUCAACCAUUUCAUAACACUACAAUAAUGGCAUUUUUAC